AUGGGGAGCAACCGUGUACUAUGGGCCCAGGUCUUCCUGGUCCUCGCGCCUUCGUACAUCGUCUUCGGGUACAACCAGUCCGGUGUUGGUGGCCUGGUCGACUUCCCAUCGUGGGUGGACGAAUUCCCCGAAAUCGACACUGUCAACACCGUCGGUGCUCAAAAGAGCCAAAAUUCAACAGUCCAGGGCGCAGUCGUCGCCUGCUAUACCAUCGGAGCCCUCGUCGGUUCGCUCGCCUGUACCUGGAUCGGUAACCGCCUGGGACGCCGCCGCACCAUCUUCGUGGGUGCCUGUAUUUGUUUCAUAGGGCAGACCCUUGAAUGCACUGCUUAUUCACUGGCCCAUCUCGUCGUCGGGCGUGUCGUGCUGGGCGCUGGGGUCGGCGUCUUGAGUGCUACAGUCCCUGUGUGGAUCUCCGAGUGCUGCCCACCAGAAAAGCGAGGACGCAAUGUUGUGCUUGUUGGGAUGUUUAUUGCCCUGGGCUUUGCGUGUGCCCAAUGGGUCAACUUUGGCCUCUAUCAUAUCGAUACCAGCGAAGCCUCGUGGCGGGGAGCCCUCACAAUCCCGUUCCUCUUCAUCUUCAUCAUCCUCCUGACCGUCUUCUCCCUUCCAGAAUCGCCUCGCUGGCUCGUCUUAGCCAACCGAUCUGACUCUGCACGUCUUGCCCUGGCCACCCUGCGUGGAAAGGACGUCGACUCCCCCGACAUUAUCGCUGAGAUCAGCGAUAUCGAGCACGCUCUCGAGGAGCACGGCAACCUGAAGCUGAAGGAUAUCUUCACGAUGACCGAGGAAAAGCUGUUCUACCGCUUCAUGCUCUGCUUUAUGCUGCAGCUAUUCCAGCAGAUGACCGGCGGUACUCUCAUCUCGGUGUAUACCUCUAUAAUCUUCGAGGACAAUCUCGGACUCGGCGCCAGUACCUCGAAGAUCCUUGCUGCCUGCGCCCUCACCUGGAAGUUUCUUUCGUGCUUUGUGUCUUUCUGGGUCAUUGACCGGCUUGGUCGGCGUCUAGCCCUGAUGAUCAGUGGUGGCGGAAUGGCCCUGUGCAUGGUUGCGAUGGCCAUCUCGACAUAUUUCAGCGAGUCGUCGCGGUCGGCCUCCAUUGCGAUGGCAUUCUUUGUGUUUCUAUACAACUUCUUUCUGCCGGUUGGGUUCCUGGGCGCAAACUUCUUGUAUACCACAGAAGUUGCGCCUUCCCGGCUGCGCGUUGCGAUGCAGGCCAUUUCGACGGCAAACCAGUGGCUUUGGAUGUUCGUCGUCGCCAUGAUCACCCCCGUUGCCAUCGCAAACAUCGGAUGGCGGUACUACAUCGUCUACGCAGUGGUCGGCGCCAUUGUUGUGCCUUCGAUCUUCUUCUUCUAUCCGGAGACGAUGGGGCGCAAUCUGGAAGAGAUGGACGAGAUAUUCCGUGAAGGAUCCUCCAUUAUGGAUGUCGUUGCGAUAUCCAAGACCCUUCCUCGGGGCGUCAGCGGACCAGGCCGGGGCAUAGAGGGCAAGCUACACGUCGAGCAGGUUGAUUAA